AUGUCGACGAACACUUCUGGAGGGACCGGCAUCGAUAACGCGGUCGAAUCGGCGUGUAAACUGUUCCUGAACAUGAGGAGGACGUUCGAAGUCGCGUCAGAAUCCAAUUUGAACAGCGGGGUACCCAGGGGUUAUGAACGCGAUGGGUUUGGCAGGCAGAUCGACUUCAUCGAGGCUAUCGCGGAUGCUACGCUGAAGAUGAUUCAGGACUUGCGGGCUACGCAGAGCGGCAUACCCGUAGACGCCACCCAAGACCAGUUGUAUGACGAUAUAUCUACGAAAGCGAAGACGAGGUUAGCGAGGCCCAGUCUGGUUUCUGCAAGUAGACAAAACGUACAACGCGAGCCUUACUCUAGGCAUGGUAUCGAAUUGGAUAUCGACACAGAGUCAUAUGUCGCGCCUUCGAGGGGUUUGAAACGCAGACAGACCAUAGGAUGGAUCCCGAACGGAGGUAAAUCAAAGCGGGUUCGCAGUGAGAUGCAGGGUAUACGGGAUAAGGGACGGCCUAUGGGCGAGGACGACGUGGAGACGCGGUUGGCGGGCGAUACAAUCAACGAUGAUGAAGAGGAUACGCGGCUUGGUGGCGAGACGAACAGCGGGGAUGGGGUGGACACACAGGACGCCAUCGAGAAGGGUAAUGAGGGUUCAGUGGCGUCUGAGACCCUCAACGGUGAGGGUAUUAACGAGGAACGACUGGACCGUAUAUCGGGGCUGCUGUCAGACGGGAAGAAAUGCACCGUUGAAACGCUGUGGCUUAGCGUAUCCAAGAAACGAUUCGCUGAGCAUAAGCUUGAGGAGGACGCUGCGUUUGCGAGGCUGCUGUCUGGGUACGACGCGCCUCAGGUCGGGGAGAUUGAGGACUGUUUCGAAGAUUUCGUUGGCAGUAAGGCGACGUUUAAAGAGCAGAUAGACUGGGACAAGGAGAUAGAUACGUUGGAUCUGGACAAACGUAUCGAGCGGCGCGAGGAUUUGAUUGUCCGUGUAAGAGGAACGCAUGUGACUCAGGAUUUUGUGCACUCUAUACUCAAUACAGUGCUUCAACUGAAGCUGGCUAUCGAUUGGAAUAGCAAACCAACAGAGUGGAAGACUACCUACACAGAUACGCGGUUCAAAGAGGCAUAUAGCGACAAAUUGGAGACGAUGAAACUGGGGCGUUCGAAUAGGGACUACGAGAAGUGGUACGCUGGGGAAAGAAAGAAAUUCAAGGAUCGUCAGCAGAAAGGGAUAACCGCGCGUAACUGGACGCUCGCGCUUUACAAGGAGUUUGGAACGGCAGUGCUAUUGGAUCCAAGAUGGAACCCCUCAAGAUUUGGGAAGAGUAACCGAAGCCCGUCGUUCGCGACAUUCCUCCCGUACCUCAUGGCCAACUUACCGAUGCGACGGGCUACCUCUGACGAGCUUGUGAGCGGUAAAGCAAGGGUUACGUUCAAAGAGGGAAGGGGGAUGAUCAAGUACAACGCGGGGACGCACUCCGACAACGACGUGCUGUUACUCACCCUAGUCAAGUUUAUCAGCAAGAGGAACGACAUUGUUAAAUACGUCGAGACGUUUAUCACGAAGAUGCGGAGAGACUGCGGCGACGCGUAG